AUGGAGUAUGCUGUUAUUGUCGUGAGCAAGGUACGCGACAUCAUUCCCAAAAACGCCCACGUAUUGUAUGCGUAUGGUGUCGCGGAGCAGUUGGAGGAAGGGAGAAUUGGCGGAGUGCGCCUACGCAUAUGUAAAGCUCUCUCACUCAACCAAUCGGCUGCUUCAGACGACUGCCCUGUACGAGAGUCGACUACCCUGUACGAGAGUCGACUGCUCUUUAUAAGAGACAACUGCCCUUUACAAGAGACAACUGCCCUGUACGAGAGACGACUACCCUGCACGAGAGUCGACUGCUCUUUACAAGAGACCACAGCCCUGUACAAGAGACCACAGCCCUGUACAAGAGACCACUGCCCUGUACAAGAGACCACUGCCCUGUACAAGAGACAACUCACCUGUCCGAGAGACGACUGCCCUGUUCCAGCGGGUCCUUUUUGGUGUGACGGUUACACUUUUUUAUCUUUUCUUUUCUCUCUCUUUUUCUCUUUCUCUUUCUUCUCUUUUUCUCUUUCUCUUUUUUCUCUCUUUUAUCUUUUCUAUCCUUUUUUUACCUUUUCUCUAUGGUAUAAUCGUAUAUAUCUCUCCCCCUUUCUUUUUUCUUUCUUUCCUUCAUUCUUUCUUUAUUCUUUUCCUUUCUUUCUUUCUUUUUUCUAUAUUUCUUUCUUUUUAUUUUUUCUCUUUCUUUCUUUUUAUUUUUUCUCUUUUUUUCUUUUUCUUUUUUCUCUUUUUUUCUCUUUAUUUUUUCUUUUUCUUUUUCUUCUUUUUCUCUUCCAUUCUUUGGCCGUUUUCUCUUUCUUUUUUCAUUUCCUUUCUUUCUUUUUAUCUUUCUUUCUUUUUCUCGUUCUUUCUUUUUCUUUUUUCUUUCUUUCUUUUUCUUUUUUCUCUUUCCUUUUCUUCUUUUUCUCUUUCAUUUUUUUGCUUUUUUUCUCUUUCUUUUUCUUUUUGCUUCCCUUUCUUUUUAUUUUUCUUAAAUUUCUGUAUUUACUUCACUAUUUCUUAUGUCGGCCAUAUUUGUUCGUCUUUCUUAUGUCGGCCAUAUUUGUUCGUCUUUCUUAUGUCGGCCAUAUUUGUUCGUCUUUCUUAUGUCGGCCUUAUUUGUUUGUCUUUCUUAUGUCGACCAUAUUUGUUCAUCUUUCUUAUGUCGGCCAUAUUUGGUCGUUUUUCUUAUGUCGGCCAUAUUUGUUCGUCUUUCUUAUGUCGGCCAUAUUUGUUCGUCUUUCUUAUGUCGGCCUUAUUUGUUUGUCUUUCUUAUGUCGACCAUAUUUGUUCAUCUUUCUUAUGUCGGCCAUAUUUGGUCGUUUUUCUUAUGUCGGCCAUAUUUGUUCAUCUUUCUUAUGUCGGCCAUAUUUGUUCAUCUUUCUUAUGUCGGCCAUGUUUGUUCGUUUUUCUUAUAAAUAUCUAUGUAUCUAUCUAUCUAUCUAUCUAUCUCAGUGUGUUCAUAUCUAUCUAUCUAUCUAUAUAUCUAUCUAUCUAUCUCAGUGUGUUCAUAUCUAUCUAUCUAUCUAUCUAUCUAUCUAUCUAUCUAUCUAUCUCAGUGCGUUCAUAUCUAUCUAUCUAUCUAUCUAUCUAUCUAUCUAUCUAUCUAUCUAUCUAUCCCAGUCGGUUCAUAUCUAUCUAUCUAUCUAUCUAUCUAUCUAUCUAUCUAUCUAUCUAUAUAAUAAGUUCAAAUCUAUCUAUCUAUCUAUCUAUCUAUCUAUCUAUCUAUCUAUCUAUCUAUCUAUCUAUCUCAGUGUGUUCAUCUAUCUAUCUAUCUAUCUAUCUAUCUAUCUAUCUAUCUAA